AUGAAGAUUCUCGCAUUACUACUCUACAGUUCUGCUCAGUCUGCAGAUACUCAAAAGAAAAGAACGGGGUCUUUGAUAGACACGUCGCGCUUUUGGGUACGUCAAUCCAAGGAAUGCGGCAUUCCGGUAUUGAAAUGUCUGGCAAAAAAGAGUAUCGAGGAAAUCUUCUAUGCCAAGGAGCCGGUCUGGGCCGGCCAGUCCGACCUAUCCUGCUCCUCCGCCACCUUUUACCUGGAGGAAGGAACACCAAAGUUGGUCCUAAUUAAAGUUGUUGACGAGGAUGGACGAAGACCUACUGAUUACAGAUACUUAGACCAUGGCAGGUGGAAAGCCUGUACCCAGGAGGAGUAUACAUCCAGAGUCGACCAGAUAAAGAAUGCUCUGAAUAUUUGGGAUAUCAAGAGCUCAGACAUUGAGGAGCCAAUCUCUGUUCAACUAGGAUCAAGAGGAAGGCAAAUGAGUGAUCAGGACGUUGAAUCGACUGAGAUGGACGCUUCUGACGAGAGUGCCGAACCUGGAAGCACAAGACCCUUGUACCCAGGUACCCUUGACAUUUUCAGGAAACCAUACGAAACAAGGGUAAACGUGCGCAGCUACGUUUAUAAAAACACAAACUGCAAAGAGUUCAAGCCAAAAAUUGGUCAAGACAUCACCAGUGUUGUCGACGGCUUAUGUGAUAUUUGGAACGCGGAACCCAUCACCAAAUUUCUUGAGGGGACUUUAUAUACAAAGUUCUCUCACAAUCCCCUGUUCCGGCUAAACUUUGAAAAGUCCAACGGGCAUAGCAAAGAACUGUAUUUUGAAAAAAUCAAUCGAACGUGGAGGGAAAUUGAUGAUAAGGACUACAAUAGGAAGAACAGAACAAUGCUGUCCAGUUAG